UUGUACGGUGAAAUGAAUCGAUCCGAAUUAGACUCACAAAAUGCCGUUCGUAACGACAGACUGGGUAGCCCGGAGACCUUGGGGUACCUCUCAAAGCGAGAGGCAGCUGAGUGUACAAGUAUCCAGAAACCGCCAAAUCAAGAUCCGAUUCAAGUAAACCCCAACUCGAAAACACUCACCUGUCAGGAAAAGUCUCGAGUAUUAUCUCCUCCAGCCGCGCCGUCAAUGGGUAGCGAACAGCAUGUUAGCACCCAUCCAAGUGUGAUUUACUCAGCCCAGGAACAUGAUACGGUUUCACACCGUUCAAACUACGCUGAAAUGCAGCUUUCACGUGACUCUUUCCCAUCUGACCAACAGACGUUGGUGCCACUGACUGGAGGUACGCUAGCGCAUUUCUCGAAUAACUAUUAUGCGUCCGAACGCAUGAAGACAGUGUACAGAUGGAUGAAUUCGCAUAAGAAGGAAAAUUCAUGUGAAAAAUCUGAUUUUCCCAACUGCGAUACUCCAAGUGCAACUGAGGAUUCCAGUGAGAUUCGGCGACCAGAUCAUUCAGAACCGAGCAAUGUGACAUGUGUCAAUGAGUUACCCCGUGGCGAAUGUACAAAUAAGUAUAACGCGGACUUACCAAUGAUUACAAGUCCAGUAGUCAUUGAACCCCAUGUCAACUCUCAACAAGCUGUUGCAGAUCAACGGAUCAUUUCUGCCAAUCGGUCGUCAGUUUCCACAGUUAGUGUGGUUGAUGAAUCAGUAAAAAAGGUACAAGCUGAAGAAAGUACUAACCUCAAACAGAUUACCGAUCAAGCCAAUCAGAUUGACCUCCCUCAGUACGUGAGCCACAUACAGCGGGAUGAUUUUCGAACGGUGCAUUCUAGAAAUGAACCAGCUGAUCAAAGUAGUCCAGCCUCAGUUGACCAUUCAACACAUGCAGUUAAAAAUCCCGGUCACUUAUCUGCCAGCGCAAAAGCUGGUUUCGAUCUGCACUCUGCUAAUCUACCUCUACUGCCUAGUCCAGUGGGUACAAUUGACUACCUUCAGCAUUUCCGCAAAAUCAGUGCUGCGUCCAGUAAAGGAGGCUUGGAGCAGCGAGGAUUCCGUAACACCGAUUCUCUGCCUAUGUCUGGCAUCUGGAAUAAAUCUUAUUCUUCACUAAAUUGUGACCCCAUGGAAUUUGCCAACUCGGAGACAGUUCAAACGAAAACCGUUGAAUUUACAUUUCCCAGCUCCCGUUGUAGACAAAAAGAAAAUGAAAACCAGUCUGAGAAAGGCUGUGAUAUCAAACCAACAAUAAGCGUAAAGGCACUGGGUGUUCGAUGUCCCGUUGCCAGGAACAUUCAUUCCCUGGAAUGCUGCCAUUGUCGCUUUAAGACCACGCACUCCAGUUCAGAUAGUUCGUUUAGUUCCGUUGCAGACACAGGUCGAUAUACACAGCAUGAAGUUACACGUGUUAAAGUAGAUUCGGUUGCAGGCUGCUCUCGCGCGAUUUCUGCCUCAUCCUACUCAUCUAGACGAAUACGAUCUCAGUGGACUAAUCUUGAACGUCCUGUUCACAACACUUAUGCUGAAAUGACACCUAAGAGCAGGAGCCGAUCACUGCAGAGCUCGAAAAACAUGCUUUGUCGGAGGCCUAAUCACAAACUAUGUUGA